AGGCCGCAAAGGCGGCAGUGGCAAUGAGGGAGGGGAGGGCUGAGCACCUCCAGAGAAGGGGAGCCGGCGAGACGGCCGUCGAGGCUCCCCAGCCAGGCCCGGCCCACGAGGGGAAGAGCCCUUGUCAAAGGUCGGGGAUCUGCCCCCUUCUCUAGUCCGGGAUGGGGUGCAAAGGUCACCUGUCCAAAGGUCAGCGCUGGCCAGGAGCGCCAGAAAUGGCCCAGGAUCGGAGGCUGAAGAAGGUCGGGCUGCUGGGCUACGGGCGCCUGGGUCAAGCCCUGGCGGCUCGGCUGCUGGCCGAGGGGGCGCAGCACGGCCUGGAACUCAGCUUUGUCUGGAACCGGGACCCCAGGAGGCUGCAGAGCACCCUGCCCCCCGCCCUGAGGCUUCUUGACCUCGGGGCCUUGGGGGAGAGGAGUCCGGACCUGGUGGUUGAGGUCGCUCACCCCCAAAUCAUCCGGGAUUUUGGGGCCCAGAUCCUGAGCCAUGCUGACCUCUUGGUGGGGUCCCCCUCGGCCCUGGCCGACCCGGACACGGAGCGGCGCCUGCUGGAGGCCUCGAGGAAGUCGGGCCGGUGGGUUUUUGUGGCUCGGGGAGCCUUGUGGGGAGCGGAGGACAUCGCCCGGCUGGACGCGUGCGGGGGGCUGCAGAGCCUUUCCAUAACCAUGGCCACGCACCCUCACGGCUUCCGGCUGGAGGGGCCGCUGGGCAAGGGGCCCGCCGAGGGGCCCCGGACUGUGCUCUACGAGGGGCCCGUCCGGGGGCUCUGCCCCUUGGCCCCCCGCAAUUCCAACACCAUGGCCGCCGCGGCUCUGGCCGCCCCGAGCCUCGGCUUCGACGGCGUGGUCGGCAUCCUGGUGGCGGACCUCAGCCUGGUGGACCGGCACGUGAUAGACGUGGAGCUGAAGGGACCUCCGGGGGCCAGCGGCCAGAGCUUCUGCGUCCGGACCCGGCGGGAAAACCCGGCCGAGCCUGGGGCGGUGACCGGCACCGCCACCCUCGCGGCCUUCUGGCGCAGCCUCCUGGGUAAGCCCGCCCCCUCCUUCCCGGGGGUCAGUGCAGGCAGUGGGUCAGACGGCCUCGGGGCCCAGGGAUGGGCAGGGAGCGGGGCCCGGAGGGGAGGGGCUGGAAAUCCCAGGAACCAAAUUCAGGGUCUGCACCUGCCUGGGGUAGGAUCCCUGAGACUGCUUCCUCCCAACUUUGUGCCCAAGCCGCAGGCUGCCUCUGUGCCCCUCAGUGCCUGGCUCUGUGCCCAGGCUGUCUCUGUGCCCCUCAGUGCCCGGCUCUAGCCCUGGCUGUCUCUGUGCCCCUCAGUGCCCGGCUCUAGGCCCAGGCUGUCUCUGUGCCCUCAGUGCCCAGCUCUAGCCCCAAGCCGCCUCUGUGCCCCUCAGUGUCCGGCUCUAGCCCCUGGCUGUCUCUGUGCCCCUCAGUGCCCGGCUCUAGCCCCUGGCUGUCUCUGUGCCCCUCAGUGCCCGGCUCUAGCCCCUGGCUGUCUCUGUGCCCCUCAGUGCCCGGCUCUAGCCCCAAGCACGCCUCUCU